AGAUGAUCCAACUACAUAACUUUUUCUUUUUCAUUACUUCCAUGGUUGUGCCUUGUGGCACGGCAGCACCCGUACUAUUGAAAUGGUUCGUCAGUAGAGAUGUUCCCACAGGUGCCCCUUUUUCCAAUGGUACUUUAAUUCCUAUUCUUAUCUCUUCAUUCCUUCUUUUGGUUUAUCUACAUUCCAGGAAAUUCAUACGCUCUAUAGACGGAGUAAAAAGUGGAGUCUUGGUCAGAGCAAGUUGCCCUAUUUUAUUACCAGACAUAAUUGGGAGAAGCUCAUCCGAAACUAGAGCUAGAAACGCCUUAUUUUGUUUCGUUCCCAUUCUUCAUUUUCUUCUUCUCGAAUUCAAGGGGGACUUCUCCUAUUUAGAAUCUUUUUGCGGUGUGCUCCGUUUACUAUUCUUUCGUACUUUCUUCUCUUUACCACGCGAUAGGUCAGCGAAGCGUGAGCGGGCGCGGAGAAGAAAAGGCCAAACACUUCGGCCUAACGGGAAUGAGCAAGGACGAAAUGAAAAGAGAAAGUGCCCCGGGCGCCCCCAUUUAGAAAAAAGGGUCGAAGGGGUUGGGCCUGUAGCUUUCCCCGUCCCCCCUUCGUCGGGUGGUGCUUGCAUGGGGGGUGUGCUACCUGAAAUCGGGCUUGAAGCUCCCACCUUACCAACGAGCCGACAGCUGAUGGCUGUUGGUCACGACUACUACCAAAAAGUUAGCAUGAAGAUGAAUAUUUCACAUGGGGGAGUGUACAUCUUUAUGUUGGGUGUUCUUCUGUCAACUAACACAAAGAAGAUACAGUUCACUCAACGAUUGCCCUUGGGCUCCGAACUCCAUAUGGGGAAGGAACAUUGUUGUUUGCGGGGUCUCGAUCAUUUACACGGACCCACUUUUCAUUCCAUUUGUGGGAAUUUGAUGAUCUAUAAACCGUCCUUAACGAACGAUCGGCUCAUCUUUGAGCAUAAUGAAUCACUUCGUGCCGACCUCUUGUCAAUAAACUUUUUGGCCUCAUAUGAUAAUGGAAAACUGGAGCAUUUUCUGCAUCGGUGGAUGAAGAAUCGCGAACAUCCAAAUUUCUGGUUAAGCAUGUUCCCAGAAAAAAGAUACUUUCGAGAAACAACGAGCACGACUGAAGUGGCUAUCCAUACAAAUCCAUUUACGGAUCUAUAUGCUUCGAUUGGAACUGGAAGUUCAAGAACAGGAGGCUGGUAUACUACCAUAAUGAAACUACCUUUUAUUUUUUUUAUUUGGAUAGGAUUUCUGUUGGCUUCGUUGGGAGGCUCGCGUAGUUUGUUACGUCAACUCCAAAAGGAUAAAUUGCGUUGGAAUUGAUAAAGUUACGUAAAGUUCAUAAUUGUAUAAAAGGAGUCAAAGUAGUGACUGCAGCGCAUCGAGGCAUUUUGCCCGUAUCUUCACUAUGUAUACUAAAGCCCGUGGUUCAAGUGAUUAUCCAUUUGAAUUAUGGCUU